AGGAAACAUAGGGCUCUUUUGCGGCACUUUUGAGCCUCUCGUUGUGCUUACAUAGCAAAAUACAUGCACAUGUAUUUUCCUAAGGCCUCUCCGUGAUCGAAUACAAACCCCGCCGCGUAAAUUAAGGAAUACUGACAUUGCUCGGGCAUGACAAGCGUGUGACAUUAAUUGCAGCACUCAGCACCCACAACACACUGGAGAUCUUGUCAUUGCAAGGUCAUCAAGUAUUCCCAAAAUUUAUUUCAUUUGAAUCGUCGAGGGCUUACACGGCAUGUGUACUGGCUAAACUGCCUGGGAAAUAAAUAAUAACAUUUUUUUUAUUUCAAGUUCCAAUCAUGUCAAUAGCCUUGGACAAACCGAUUGAUGUGUGGGCGUCGGCCGAGGCAGAUGACGUCGCUUCUUUGCGCACGCUGAUGGGAGAAGGUGGGGGUAGCGAGAAUUUAGACAUGUACGUGGACGAACGAGAUGACCAUGGCCGCACAGCUUUGCACGCGGCCUCUUCAAAGGGAGCGGAAUCGGCGGUUCGAUUUCUCCUGAGCCGGGGAGCCAAUCCGAACAAGGCGGAUCGGGAAAGCCAUUGGACAUCUUUACACAGGGCGUUGUACCACGGCCAUCUCCGCAUUGCGCUUUUGCUUUUGCGUGCAGGAGCGGUAUUGGGGGAUGAGCUGACCCCAUGGCAAGCUGGGCAUCAUUUGCGGGGCGGGAAGAACAACGGCAGCAGAAACAAUCAAACGACAACAAGAAGCUUCCUCGACAAGAAGGAAAGCAGCCAGAGCAGGAAGGAUGGAGUGGACAAAGACGGUUUGACUCCGCUGUCUUUGCUUUCUUGGCGACUCCGCAAGCAUCUGCAGGAGGCUGUACGAGAGAACAAGGGAGGGGACGUGGUGACGUUUGGAAAAGCGGAUUUCCCGCUGGGUUACCCGCUCCCCAACACAUCAAACGUGCAAAAACCGAGGCGUGUGGAGGCUUUGGCAGACGUGGCCGUGGUGGCCAUCGCCGCGGCAAGGCAUCAUUCUGUUGUUCUUGAUAAAGAUGGUCGCGUCUUCACGUGGGGCCACGGUCGGGGGGGGCGCUUGGGACAUGGGGACGAGAAUCCUCAGAUGUUUCCGAAGCUUGUGGCUGCAUUGGACGGGUUGCGCGUGGUCAAAAUCGCAGCUGCCGAAAACCACACCGUGUGUGUGACAGAUCAGGGCCUGGUUUUUUCCUGGGGCUCGGAUCGCUUCGGGCAACUCGGCGUGGGAGGGUCCUCGGCGGGGCACGGCACGGCACGUCUCGUUCCCCGUCGUGUGGAGGCUUUGCGCCGCUGCAUGGUUGCGGACGUCUCCGCCGGUGCCACACACACUGUGGCCGUCACGCGGGAAGGAGAAGUGUACACCUGGGGGGGGAACAAGAGCGGACAGCUAGGGUACGAG